GUCCGGUCACCGCACCACCCUAGCACCCCUGGGAUUGCGCCACCUCCACUUCACUCCCCCUUCACCGUGAACCCAGGUCGUUGCAACCUCACCCAACGAGAUAAGCAUCACUGCAAGGUGCCUUUGCCGCCAACCCGCCCCACGAGCCAACUCGCCUAUGAAGGUCCAACCCUAGGUCAGGGGAUUUGGCAUCGACCCUCUUUUGCUUUUGCUUGA